CGACAGGGAACAAUCAGCAACAAAUGAUGGAACAAGCGCUUGUGUCCCCCGUGCCCAUUGCCUUCGCGAGGAAGCUUAGCAGCGACUCCAGCUUCUCAGAGAACGCCACCAGAGACCAAGAUGAACUGUCAGAUCGGUCCUCGGAGAAUCGCAGAAGCCUCACCGACGCCAUUGGUGAUAUCUUCAUGGGAACUCGAAGGACUGGCUUGUCCUUCCCCAACAUGGGAAGCUGGCGAAAGGGAAACGGGAACAAGUACGCUGAGAACGGAGACCUCGAAUAUCUCGUAGAGAACUCGGACAACCUGAAUUUCUCCACGGACGCCAUGGAUUUGGCGGCGGCGAAUGGCCACUUGGACGUGGUGCAGUGGUUGCAUGUGCACCGGUCCGAGGGAUGCACGACCAAAGCGUUCGACGGCGCAUGUGCAAACGGUCGCAUUGCUGUCGUCACGUGGCUGCAUCUGAAUCGCAUGGAAGGAGGCACAUCGGAGGCCAUGGAUGGCGCAGCCAGCAACGGACACCUGGACGUUGUGAAAUUUCUGCACAAACAUCGUCUCGACAAGGAACACUGCACACCCGCGGCAUUGGACCACGCGGCAGGCCACGGGCACCUCGCCGUCGUCGUGUGGUUGCACUUCAACCGAUCCGAGGGAUGCACGACGCUGGCCAUGGACAAGGCCGCGUUGAACGGCCAUGUCGAAAUCCUCAACUUCCUGCUGGAGCAUCGCAAGGAACGGUUUACGAACGUGUUGAGCACGUUGACCGCGCUGGUCAAGGCAGGUGACGUGGCGACGUUUGAGUGGAUGGCCGAGAAUGUGUGCGACGAUUUGCAGUACUUUGCCGUGAUGGACACGGCGGUGGUGGAGAGCCAGGUGGGCAUUCUCACGUACAUUUACGACAAGAAGCACGGGUUUUGCAGUCGCGCGGUGCGGAAGAAGGGCAACGCCGCGACCCAGGCGUUCCUCGACGCGAGUCUGCACGGCCAGUACUGGGACGCCACGUACCCCAUCGACUUUGCAGCGUCUCACGGCUUCCUCUUCUUCGUCGAGUACCUGCACAACACCCAACUGCCCCAGCUGGCGUCGGAAACGGCGUUGAACGCGGCGGCAACCAAUGGACAUUUGGACGUGGUGACGUUUUUAGACGACAGCCGGAGCGACGGAUGCACCACCGACGCCAUGGACGGCGCGGCCACGAAUGGACAUUUGAACAUUGUGACAUUCCUUCACCACCACCGCGCCGAAGGCUGCACCGUGAAGGCGAUGGACAUGGCCGCGGACUAUGGACAUUUGGAAAUUGUGAAAUUCCUUCACGCCGAGCGCACAGAGGGGUGCACAGUGUACGCACUGAAUGCCGCGGCCAGCAGUGGACAUUUGGAAGUCGUGGAGUUUUUAGCAUCGAAUCAGCUGGGCCAGCCGUUCCUGGCCAUCGAUUUCGCCGUCCAGCAUGGCCACUUGGACGUGGUCCGAUACCUCCACGAACAACACGGGGCCAUGUGCCUGAAGUCGUACUUUGACCUGUGCGCCGACGCCGCCACUAAAGCGUACCUCCAGGACAGCACCAAGCACCCAGCACUUUGGGACAUGGAGCCAUUGGACUUUGCGGCGGGGGAGGAUCGAGAGGACCUUGUGGCCUGGUUCGAGCAAAUCGGUCACUCGAAGUACACGGCCCAAGCCAUGGACAGGGCGGCUGCCAACGGACUCGUGGGCGUGGUCAAGCGGCUGCACGACACGCGGACGGAGGGCUGCACCGUGGACGCGAUGGAUUACGCCAGCGCCAACGGUCACUUGACUGUGCUGCAGACGCUUUACGAGUACUAUGGCCACCGGUACACGUCGCUGGCGUUGGACCUGGCGGCCGGCAAUGGCCAUUUGGAAGUGUUGGUCUGGUUCGACUCGAUGGCGAGUGACGCUGGUCGGGUGAUUCAGCCGACGUCCAACGCCAUGGACUGGGCAGCGCGCAAUGGCCAUCUGGACGUGAUUGAGUACUUGCACGACCACAAAAACACGCCGUGUUCGCCCAAAGCGCUGGAUUUAGCCGCCAAGAUGGGCCAUCUGAACAUUGUCAUGUGGUUAUAUGUGACACGGGGCGCAGUUGCGACGCCGUCGACGAUGGAUGCCGCAGCAUGUGGUGGCCAUUUGGAGAUCGUACAGUACUUGCAUUCAACCUUUCCCGACGUGCCUUGGUCCAGCAAGACCGUGGACGGCGCUCUGAGAGCCGGCCACGUGGAGAUCGCUGAUUGGUGCGUGGCCCACGGCCUGCCCCAAUCAGCUGCGACCAAGGACUUGGCGGCGAAGAAGGGCAGUUUGGCGCUGGUUCGGCGGUUUUGCCAGGAUGAGCCCGUGUCAUAUCUGUGCGACGCAUUGGAAGCAGCAACUCAGUAUGGCCAUGUGACCGUGGUCGAGUUUAUCCACUCAAUGUAUCGGCUGUUUGUGCUGCGGAAACCGUACAAAAAGGCUCUUAAAGGCAAACACGUGGCCGUGUGCCGGUACUUGGAGGCGACGCACUUGGAGUUCUGGGCGCAGAACGCCGUGGACGUGGCCGCGAGCCGCAACAACCUGCCGUGGGUGCAGUGGCUCAUGGCCAAGAAGAAGGAGAUGGCGUCGGCGGCGGCGAUCGACCACGCGGCAGCCAACGGACACUUUGAGAUGGUCCAGUGGCUCCAUGACAACGGAUGCGCAUGCACGACGGACGCCAUGGACGCGGCGGCGGCGCUGGGCCGAUUGGACAUGGUGGCGUGGUUCCACGAGACCCGACGGGAGGGGUGCACGACGGACGCGAUGGACUUGGCGUCGCAGCACGGGCACUUUGCUGUGAUGCGGUGGCUGCACCUCCAUCGGGAGGAGGGGUGCACGGCGUAUGCACUCAACAUCUGCGCCGUCACGGGGCGCCUCGACAUCCUCCAGUGGCUAUCCGAGAUGAUCAGCGUAUCCACCAAGUCGUCGUCCGUACUGGCGGACGUCCAAGCAGGGGACUUCGACCCGGAUCUGGACCCGACUGAGGUGGAGGCCAUGAUGGCACUGCCGGACGAACGCACGCUGCAGCCCCCCGCGCCGAAGGAAGCGUCCCGGAUGAAACUCAAGUCCGACUCGACCGAUAUGCUGGAUCUGUCGAGCGAGCAUGGCCAUGUGGACAUGGUCGUGUGGCUCACGGAACAGACGAAAAUGAUGGCGUCCACCGAUGCCAUGGACAAGGCGGCGAUGAAUGGACAUUUGGGAGUUGUGAAGUAUCUGCAUGCGAGGCGGCUGGAAGGGUGCACCCAUCGGGCGAUGGAUUGGGCGGCGGCGAAUGGACAUUUGGAAGUUGUGAAGUUUCUAUCGACGAACCGAGCUGAAGGAUGCACCACGCACGCGAUGGACUUGGCGGCCAAGUUUGGUCAUUUGGAGAUGCUGCAGUGGCUAUACGACAACCGAGAGGAGGGGUGUACGAUGGCAGCAAUAGAAGAAGCGACCAAGAAUGGCCAUUUGGAGGUCGUCCAAUGGCUAUAUCAAGAGUCAGAUGAAGGCAGUGUGCUGAAUGUGAUUGAUUACGCCGUCAUGCACGGCCACGUGGAGAUCGUACAGUGGCUCCAUGAGGCCAAGAGCGAGCACUGGUCCGCGGCUGCAGUGGGCGCGGCGCGCCAUAAGCGGCAUACGGCCGUACUGGAAUAUGUCGACAGCUGGCUGUAGAGAUAAGUACUACUACGAAGUAGAUCCUCUGUUCCAAAAUAUUAUAAAAAUACCCAAAAUACUAUUGUGGGUAUUUUUGAGUGAGGUCUA